AUGGAGUCGAUCACGUUACCGCCCGACUGCAGCUGCCCGAUCACGCAGGACUUGAUGGCGGACCCCGUUGUGGCUGCCGAUGGCAAAAGCUACGAGAGACGAGCCAUUGAGCAGUGGCUCCAAAGUCACUCCACCAGCCCCCUCACGAACUUGCCGUUGGAAAAUGACGCCCUCAUCCCCAACACUGCCUUGAAGAGUGUGAUCCAGGAGUUUGUCAGCAAGCUCCCAGAGGCACAGCGCCGUGAGCAGGAGAUGCGAUGGCAGCGCCAAGACGAGAUGCCAUGGAGCCGUGGGCUUCCUCGCGAACAACCUGCUUCACAGCCGAGGGCACCAUGGGACAUUCGCUUGUCUGACAGGGAGAUGGAGGAAGGCGGCCCCGCCCUUCUCCUGCUGACGAUGAGCCGCCGCCUAGUUGCGUUGCAUGCCGCCUUGCGAGAAGCAUCGCAAGCGUGA